AUGGUGAUAUCAAGAUGUGGGUUAUGCUCUCUUCCAGCCAGUGUCCCAUGUUCAGUGGCCCCAGAAAAGUCGGUAUAUAGGCACCGACCACCUCGAGUCCGACGCACAUUCUCCCUGGACACGAUCCUUGGUUCCUACCUACUGGGCCAGUGGCCGAGAGAUGCCGAUGGCGCCUUCACCUGCUACACCAAUGACAAAGCCACACAGACACCCCUGUCCUGGCAUGAGCUGGAAGGUGAGCAAACCGGCUCCUGCACCCACAAGCGCUCUGCCUCCUGGGGUAGCACAGACCACCGAAAAGAGAUCACCAAGCUGAAGCAACAGCUACAGAGGACAAAACUUAGCCGGAAUGGGAAAGAGAAGGAGCGGAACUCCCCAAUCCAAGGAGACCAUGCUGUUCGGGGAGCACUGAGGGCCUCCCCUCCUAGUUUUCCUUCAGGUUCCCCCAUCCUUCGACUUAGCCCCUGCCUACACAGGAGCCUGGAGGGACUCAACCAAGAACUAGAGGAGGUGUUUGUGAAGGAACAGGGUGAAGAGGAGCUGCUGAGAAUCCUGGAUGUCCCUGAUGGUCAUCGAGCCCCUGCCCCUGCUCAGAGUGGCAACAGUGAUUCCUCUCUCCUUCCCCUGGAGCCAGGCAACCUUUCCAUCUCCCCUUCUUUGUCUUUGGCAUCUCCCCAACUCACUGGCCAAGGUAGCCGUUUUGAACCCCGAGGUAUAACUGAGGAACUGACACCUAACCCCAAGGAAAAGGCACCCUCUCCACCCCGUGCAGUCCUGCUCGAGGAUGAUGGCCCAUCUCCAGUGUUAGCCUUUGCCUCAUCCCCUCGGCCCAACCACAGCUACGUUUUUAAGCGGGAACCUCCAGAGGGCUGUGAGAAAGUCCGGGCCUUUGAAGAAGCUCCGUCCCUUAGUCCUGACCCAACCUUCCUGCCUUCCUGCCCUGACAAGAACAAAGUUCACUUCAACCCGACUGGCUCCGCCUUCUGUCCUGUCAGUUUGGUGAAGCCCCUAUUCCCCAGUAUGGGCUUCCUCUUCCGAAAUUGCCCCACCACCCCAGGGUCCCCCUGUCCAUCGACAGCUCCAAGCCCUUUCUUGACCUCUCCCCGAAAGGACCCCGAUGCUCCCCCACUACCCUUUGAACCCUGGCAGCGCACUCCACCCUCUGAGGAGUCUGUGCUUUUCCAGAGUUCUCUGGUAGUUUGAGAAUCUUUCCUCUCACCCCUCCCACCUUACUACGCAGACCAGUGCCUUUGUGGCCGGCUCCCCCCUCCCCAGGAUGGGGACCAAGGAUCCCAUCCUCCUUCAACCUUUGAGCAUCUUCCUUUUACCACAUCAAAAUGCCCUGGUUCCUGUUUCUGUUGGAUAUGAGCUCCCGGGAUGGGGGAAGGGGGAGAAUCUGCCUUGUCCCUUGGGCUGGACAGUUCACCACUCCUCAAGUCAGUGUUCUCAUUCCUGAUCCCCCUUGGAAGAGAAAUGGCCAUCGAGGCCUUGGCCCCUCCAUCCCAGACAUGUGAGUACAGACGUUUGUCCCUACCAAGGAAGCUGGUCCUGGCUUGGGGAGGGCAUGGUGGAACUUGAGAGGAUCCCUUCCCUUUCCCUGCAGAGAAGAAAAGGCCAGGAGAGAAAACUCCCCUACUCCCCUCCUUGCACCCCUCCCUCAUGUGUCCUCCCUCAUCCACACCCUUCUCCUUGGAGGAGUUGAUCCAAGUAAUCCCAAAGGGCCAGAAACCUGCUGGGGACCAGCCCAGCUGUGGGCAGAGAGGGGAAUGGAGAGUGUUCCUGGUGACAUUUUCAUCUCGCCUUCGUCCUGACUGAAGAUUGUCGGGCGCCGUGGUCCAGCUUGCCUACCCCUGAAGGGGAGGGGGAGGGAGAGCUGGCGCCUCCCUUGUGAGGUGAGGCCCAAGGACUGAAUGUACGCUGCUGCCUACCCUCUUGCCUCUCCCAGGUUCAGGUUGGAUUUGAAAAAUGCCUAUUUUUCUUGUAUUGAUGUAGAAACUCUAUUUUCUCCCAAAGACACUAUUUUUGCAGCUGUUUGAAGUUUGUAUAUUUUCUGUACCGCAGAGCUUACACAGAGAAAUUGAAAAGGAAUGUUAAUGUUAGAAUUUCCUUGUCCUGUGUUUAAAGGUGGUUUUUUUUUUUUUGGUUUUGUUUUUUGCAAAUCUUGGUGUUAAUAGUACAAAUAAAUAAAUAUUC